AUGAUUUCCUGGGAAAUGGUCCUCCAAGUGUUCCUGUGGGUUCUGCUCUCCUCUUCCCGGGCUCAGGACGCCAGCCCGCCGUGGGAGAGCGGGGCGGAGGGGAUCCCCGAGGGGGCUUCCACCUUGGCUUUUGUGUUUGAUGUCACGGGCUCCAUGUACGAUGACUUAGUUCAGGUGAUUGAAGGGGCUUCCAAAAUUCUGGAGACGUCUUUGAAAAGACCCAAGAGACCUCUCUUCAACUUCGCAUUGGUGCCUUUCCACGAUCCAGAGAUUGGACCAGUGACAAUUACCACAGAUCCCAAGAAAUUUCAGUAUGAACUCAGAGAGCUGUAUGUUCAGGGUGGUGGUGAUUGUCCAGAGAUGAGUAUUGGAGCUAUAAAAAUAGCCUUGGAAAUUUCUCUUCCUGGUUCAUUCAUCUAUGUUUUUACGGAUGCACGGUCCAAGGACUACCGGCUCGCCCAUGAGGUGCUGCAGCUGAUCCAACAGAAACAGUCUCAGGUUGUAUUUGUGCUCACUGGAGACUGUGAUGACAGGAACCACAUUGGAUAUAAAGUCUAUGAAGAAAUUGCCUCUACAAGUUCUGGUCAAGUGUUUCAUUUGGACAAAAAGCAAGUUAAUGAGGUGUUAAAGUGGGUUGAAGAAGCAGUGCAGGCCUCCAAAGUUCACCUCUUAUCCACAGAUCAUUUGACACAGGCUGUAAACACUUGGAAAAUUCCUUUUGAUCCCAGCCUCAAAGAGGUCACAGUAUCUCUGAGUGGCCCUUCCCCAAUGAUUGAAAUUCGAAAUCCUUUAGGGAAACUGAUAAAAAAGGGCUUCGGCCUGAAUGAGCUAUUAAAUAUCCACAACUCUGCCAAAGUGGUGAAUGUGAAAGAGCCUGAGGCUGGAAUGUGGACAGUGAAGACCUCCAGCAGUGGAAGGCACUCUGUUCGCAUCACUGGCCUCAGUACUAUUGAUUUCCGUGCUGGUUUUUCUGGAAAACCCACCUUAGACUUCAAGAAAACAGCCAGCAGACCUGUUCAAGGAAUACCUACCUAUGUGCUGCUGAAUACCUCUGGGAUUUCCAGUCCAGCUAGAGUAGAUCGUCUUGAGUUGCUGAGUAUCUCAGGGGUUUCUCUUAAGACUAUUCCUGUUAAAUAUUAUCCAGAUCGAAAACCUUAUGGCAUAUGGAAUAUUUCUGACUUUAUACCACCCAAUGAAGCUUUCUUUCUCAAAAUAACAGGCUAUGACAAGGAUGAUUAUCUCUUCCAGAGAGUGUCAAGUGUUUCCUUUUCUAAUAUUGUCCCAGCUGCUCCCACAGUAACAAUGCCCAUGAAAACUCCAGGAUAUUACCUGCAGCCAGGAAGAAUUCUCUGCUCUGUUGAAAGCCUUCUACCCUUUACCUUGAGCUUUGUCAGGAAUGGCAUUACACUUGGAGUAGACCAGUAUUUCAAAGAAUCUGCCAGUGUGAACUGGGAUAUUGAAAAGGUGACUCUGUCUGACGAAGGCUCCUAUGAAUGCGUUGCUGUCAGCAGCGCAGGGACCGGGAAGGCACAAACAUUUUUUGAUGUAUCAGAGCCUCCUCCCAUCAUCCAAGUGCUUGAAAAUGUUACCAUCACUCCUGGGGAGACCGCAGUUUUGACAUGUCUUGUCACCAGUGCUGUGGAUUACAAUCUAACCUGGCAGAGGAACAGCAGGGAUGUGAGACUGGUGGAGCCUGCAAGGAUCAGGAUGUUGGCUAACCUCUCCCUGGAGCUAAGGAGUGUGAAAAUCAGCGAUGCGGGACAGUACCAUUGUACAGUUUCAAAUGAAGGUGGAUCGGCAGCAGCUUCUGUUUUUCUCACAAUACAAGAACCACCCAAAGUCACUGUGAUGCCCAAGAAUCAGUCUUUCACAGGAGGAUCUGAGGUGUCCAUCAUGUGUUCAGCCACAGGCUACCCCAAACCAAAGAUUGCCUGGACCAUGAACGAUCUGUUUCUAGUGGGUUCACACAGGUACAGAAUGUCCUCAGAAGGUACUUUAGCUAUCAAAAAUGCAGUUCCAAAGGAUGCAGGGAUCUAUGGCUGCCUGGCAAGUAAUGCAGCUGGAACUGACAGACAAACUUCCAUCCUCAGAUACAUUGAGGCUCCAAAGUUGAUGGUAGUCCAGAGUGAACUCUUGGUUGCUCUUGGGGAUACAACAGUUAUGGAAUGCAAAACUUCUGGGGUCCCUCCACCCCAAGUGAAGUGGUUCAAAGGAGAUCUUGAGUUGAGGCCUUCAACAUUCCUUGUUAUUGACCCUCUCCUGGGACUUUUGAAGAUUCAAGAAACACAGGAUCUGGAUGCUGGCGAUUAUACGUGUAUAGCCAUUAAUGAUGCUGGAAGGGCAACUGGCAAGAUAACACUGGAUGUUGGCUCACCUCCCGUUUUCAUCCAGGAACCUGCUGACGUGUCUGUGGAGAUUGGCUCAAAUGUGACACUGCCUUGUUAUGUUCAGGGUUAUCCAGAGCCAAAAAUCCGAUGGCAAAGACUGGACCACAUGCCUCUCUUCUCCAGGCCUUUUUCAGUUAGUUCCAUCAGCCAGCUGAGAACAGGAGCUCUCACGAUUUUAAACUUAUGGGCAAGUGAUAAAGGAACCUACAUUUGUGAAGCUGAAAACCAGUUUGGAAAGAUCCAGUCACAGGCAACAGUGACGGUGACAGGACUUGUUGCUCCCCUCAUUGGAAUCAGCCCCUCAGUUGCCAACGUUAUUGAAGGACAGCAGCUUACUUUACCUUGCACCCUGUUGGCUGGAAAUCCCAUUCCAGAACAUCGAUGGAUAAAGAAUUCUGCCACGUUGGUACAAAACCCGUAUAUAACUGUACGAAGUGAUGGGAGCCUUCAUAUAGAAAGAGUUCGACUUCAAGAUGGAGGUGAAUAUACUUGUGUGGCCAGGAAUGUUGCUGGAGUCAGUAACAAAACAACCUCUGUGGUUGUUCAUGUCCUGCCAACCAUUCAGCAUGGGCAGCAGGUCCUGAGCACAAUCGAAGGCAUCCCAGUGACUUUACCAUGCAAAGCAAGUGGAAUUCCCAAGCCAUCGAUUGUCUGGUCCAAGAAAGGAGAGCUGAUUUCAUCUGGCGAUGCCAAGUUUUCUGCAGGGGCCGAUGGGAGUCUCUAUGUGGUGUCUCCUGGAGGCGAGGAGAGUGGAGAGUAUGUGUGCACGGCCACCAACGCGGCCGGCUAUGCCAAAAGGAAGGUGCAGCUGACGGUGUAUGUAAGGCCCAGAAUAUUUGGAGACCAGCGGGGGCUGUCCCAGGAUAAGCCUGUGGAGAUUUCUGUCUUGGCUGGAGAAGAGGUGACACUUCCCUGUGAAGUGAAGAGCCUACCCCCACCCAUCAUUACGUGGGCCAAAGAAACCCAGCUCAUCUCCCCCUUCUCCCCAAGACACACGUUCCUCCCUUCUGGUUCAAUGAAGAUCACUGAAACCCGCAUUUCAGACAGUGGUCUAUAUCUUUGUGUGGCUACAAACAUUGCUGGCAACGUGACUCAAACUGUUAAAUUAAGUGUCCAUGUUCCUCCGAAGAUACAGCGUGGUCCUAAAUAUAUAAAAAUCCAAGUCGGCCAAAGAGUGGACAUACCCUGUAGUACCCAAGGGUCACCGCCUCCUGUGAUCACCUGGCUUAAAGGUGGAAGGACGGUGCUGGUUGAUGGAGGGCAGCGUGUCAGCAAUCCAGAUGGAACUUUAAGCAUUGACCAGGCCAUGCUUUCAGAUGCAGGCGUGUAUACGUGUGCUGCUACUAACAUAGCAGGCCGUGAUGAGGCAGACAUAACGCUACAUGUUCAAGAGCCACCUACAAUGGAAGAUCUAGCACCUCCUUUUGACACUCCAUUCCAAGAAAGACUGGCUAAUGAACGAAUCACAUUUCCCUGUCCUGUGAAAGGUACUCCUAAACCAACCAUCAAAUGGUUACGCAAUGGUAGAGAGUUGACAGGCAGAGAGCCUGGUAUAUCUGUCUUGGAAAAUGGCACACUGUUUGUCAUUGCUUCUGUUACACCACAUGACAAUGGGGAAUACAUCUGUGUGGCGAUGAAUGAGGCUGGAACCACAGAAAAAAAAUACAACCUCAAAGUCCAUGUUCCCCCAGGUAUUAAAGACAAAGAUCAUGUGACAAAUGUGUCAGUGUUGCUAAACCAGCUGGCCAGUCUCUUUUGUGAAGUGGAAGGUACCCCAUCCCCCAUCAUAACAUGGUAUAAAGAUGGCAUCCAGGUGACCGAAAGCAACACUAUACAGAUUGUGAACAAUGGAAAGACACUAAAACUCUUCAAAACCACUGCAGAGGAUGCCGGAAGAUAUUCCUGCAAGGCAACUAACAUUGCGGGCACCUCUCAGAAGUACUUUAGUAUUGAUGUGCUAGUUCCACCCACCAUACUAGGUGCCAACUUACCAAAUGAAGUCUCUGUUGUCUUCACCCACAACACCACCCUUGAAUGCCUGGUCAAAGGCACUCCCUUUCCUGUUAUCCACUGGUUCAAGGAUGGGAACACUGAAGAGCUUGACAACUUAGAUUUGUUUUUUGUUCUGAAAUCUUUUACAGUUCCACCUAGUAUUAAAGGAGGGAAUGUUACCACUGAAAUAUCAGCAUUGAUCAACAGUGUGAUUAAACUGGAAUGUGAAGCGAAGGGCCUUCCAGUGCCUGUGAUUACUUGGUAUAAGGACGGCCAGCUGAUUAUAUCCAACUCACAAGCACUCUAUGUUGAUAAAGGGCAGUUUCUUCAUAUUCCACAAGCGCAGGUCUCUGAUUCAGCAACCUAUACAUGUCAUGUAACCAAUGUUGCUGGAACUGCAGAAAAGUCAUUCCAUGUUGACAUCUAUGUUCCUCCAAUAAUCGAAGGUGACUUGGCCACCCCUUUGAAUAAGCAAGUUAUCCUCACUCAGCCGUUGACCCUGGAGUGUAAAGCAGCUGGCAACCCUGCUCCUGCCAUCACUUGGUUAAAAGAUGGUGUACCAGUGAAAGCCAGUGACAAGAUCCGCAUAGAAGCUGGUGGGAAGAAACUUGAAAUCUUGAGUGCCUUAGAAGUCGAUCGGGGGCAAUACAUAUGUGUGGCUACCAGUGUGGCAGGCGAAAAGGAAAUCAAAUAUGAAGUUGAUGUCUUAGUGCCACCAGCUGUAGAAGGAGGAGAUGAAAUAUCCUACUUCAUUGUUAUGGUUAAUAACCUGCUGGAGCUGGAUUGUCAUGUGACAGGCUCACCUCCACCAACUAUCAUGUGGCUGAAAGAUGGUCAUCUAAUUGAUGAAACAGAUGGGUUCAAGAUUUUACUAAAUGGACGCAAACUGGUUAUUACUCAGGCUCAGGUGUCAGACACAGGGCUAUAUCAGUGUGUGGCAUCCAAUAUGGCUGGAAACCACAGGAAAGAAUUUGAAGUGACUGUACAUGUUCCUCCAACAAUCAAGUCUUCAGGACUUUCUGAAAUGACUGUGGUAAAACACAAGCCUGUUACCUUGCAGUGUAUAGCCAAUGGCAUUCCAAACCCAUCCAUUACAUGGUUAAAAGAUGGCCAGCCUGUGAAUACUGCCCAAGGAAAUCUCAAAAUACAGUCUUCUGGUCGAGUUCUACAAAUUGCCAAAACUUUGUUGGAAGAUGCUGGCAGAUACACAUGUGUGGCUACCAACGCUGCUGGAGAAAUCCAACAGCACACUCAACUGCAUGUGCAUGAGCCCCCAAGGCUGGAAGAAGCUGGAAGGAUGCUGAAUGAGACAGUGGUGGUGAACAGUCCCAUCCAGCUGGAGUGUAAGGCAGCAGGAAAUCCUUUGCCUGUUAUUACAUGGUACAAAGAUAGCCGUCCACUCUCCGGUUCCACCAGUGUAGCAUUCCUGAACAGAGGGCAGGUCCUUGACAUCGAAAAAGCCCAGAUCUCAGAUGCUGGCAUUUAUAAAUGUGUGGCCAUUAACUCUGCUGGAGCUACAGAACUGUUUUACAACCUUCAAGUCCACGUGCCCCCCUCGAUUUCUGGCAGCAGUAGCAUGGUUAGUGUGGUCAUCAAUAACGUUGUGAGGUUGGAAUGUGAAGCCAGGGGCAUCCCUGCCCCAAGUCUGACGUGGCUGAAAGAUGGGAGCCCUGUCUCUAGCUUCACUGAUGGAAUUCAGGUUCUGUCUGGGGGUCGAAUCUUAGCAUUGACCAGUGCACAAGUAAGUGAUACAGGGAGAUAUACCUGUGUGGCCGUGAAUGCUGCUGGGGAGAAACAAAGGGACAUUGACCUCAGAGUCUAUGUUCCACCAAAUAUUAUGGGAGAAGAACAGAACAUCUCUGUCCUCAUUAGUCAAGCUGUGGAGUUGCUAUGUCAAAGUGAUGCUAUUCCCUUACCUACUCUGACCUGGCUAAAGGAUGGUCGCCCCUUACUGAAGAAACCAGGCCUUAGUAUCUCUGAAAAUGGAAGUGUGUUAAAGAUUGAAGAUGCUCAUGUUCAAGACACUGGUCGUUAUACUUGUGAAGCAACAAAUGUUGCUGGAAAAACAGAGAAAAACUAUAAUGUCAACAUUUGGGUCCCACCAAAUAUUUAUGACUCUGAUAAACUUGCUCAACUUACAGUCAUUGAAGGGAAUCUUAUCAGUCUUUUGUGUGAAUCGAGUGGUAUUCCACCUCCAAAUCUCAUCUGGAAAAAGAAAGGUUCUACAGUGCUGGCUGACUCUGGAGGGCGAGUUCGGAUUUUAUCAGGAGGCAGGCAGUUACAAAUCUCAGUGGCUGAAAAGUCUGAUGUAGGGCUUUACACGUGUGUGGCCUCAAAUGCUGCCGGAACUGCAAAGAAAGACUAUAAUCUGCAAGUUCACAUUCGACCAUCUAUAACGAACAGUGGCAGCCAACCUACUGAAGUUAUUGUCACCCGAGGGAAGAGUAUUUCCUUACAGUGUGAGGUGCAAGGUAUUCCCCAGCCAACAGUGACCUGGAUGAAAGAUGGCCGCCCCCUGACCAAGGGAAGGGGAGUGGAAAUAGUGGAUAGAGGUCGCAGCCUUCAGCUGAAGAACACUCAUGUAUCUGACACGGGUCGUUAUGUGUGUAUAGCUGUGAAUGUAGCAGGAAUGGCUGAUAGAAAAUAUGACUUAAGUGUACAUGCCCCUCCAACCAUCAUAGGAGACCAUGGGGUGCCUGAAAAUAUUAGUGUGGUGGAAAAGAACUCAGUAUCUUUGACUUGUGAAGCUUCAGGAAUCCCUCUGCCUUCUAUAACCUGGCUUAAAGAUGGGUGGCCUGUUAGCCUUGGCAGUUCUGUGAGGAUUCUCUCAGGGAACCCAAUGCCAGAAAUCACAUGGCACAAAGAUGGACAACUCCUCCAGCAAGAUGAAACCCACCACAUAAUGUCUGGUGGCCGGCUUCUUCAAAUUUCUGAUGCCCGAGUGUCUCACACAGGGAGAUACACGUGUUUGGCUACUAAUGCUGCUGGAGACAAGAACAAAAGUUUCAGCCUGAAUGUUUUUGUAUCACCCACAAUUGCUGGGGUAGAUAGCAACGGCAGCCCUGAAGAUGUCAUUGUUAUCCUUAAUAGCCCCACGUCUUUGGUGUGUGAAGCAUACUCGUAUCCUCCUGCUACUAUUACCUGGUUUAAAGAUGGAGCACCUUUAGAAUCCAACCGAAAUAUUCGCAUUCUUCCAGGAGGGAGAACUCUGCAGAUCCUCAAUGCACAGGAAGACAAUGCCGGGAGGUACUCUUGUGUGGCCACCAAUGAGGCUGGAGAAAUGAUGAAGCAUUAUGAAGUGAAGGUCUACAUUCCGCCAAUAAUCAGUAGAGGAGACCUUUUGGGGCCAGGUCUUUCCCCUAAAGAAGUAAAGAUCAAAGUAAAUAACACCCUGACCUUGGAAUGUGAAGCUUAUGCUAUUCCUUUGGCCUCUCUCAGCUGGUACAAGGAUGGACAGCCUCUUAAAUCAGAUGAUCAUGUCACCAUUGCUGCAAAUGGGCACACACUUCAAAUAAAGGAGGCUCAAAUAUCAGACACUGGACGGUAUACUUGUGUUGCAUCUAACCUUGCAGGGGAAGAUGAACUGGACUUUGAUGUGAAUAUUCAAGUUCCUCCAAGUUUUCAGAAACUGUGGGAAAUAGGAAACAUGCUAGACACUGGCAGGACUGGUGAAGCCAAAGAUGUGAUCAUCAACAAUCCCAUUUCUCUUUACUGCGAGACAAAUGCCACUCCGCCUCCCACGUUGACGUGGUACAAAGAUGGCCAGCCUGUGACUUCAAGUGACAGAGUCUUGAUCUUCCCAGGAGGGCGAGUGCUACAGAUUCCCCGGGCAAAGGCAGAAGAUGCUGGGAGAUACACGUGUGUGGCCGUGAAUGAAGCUGGGGAAGAUUCUCUUCACUAUGACGUCCGUGUCCUCUUGCCACCAGUUAUCAAGGGAGCAAAUGGUGAUGUCCCAGAAGAGGUCACCGUGCUGGUGAAUCAUCAUGCACAGAUGGAAUGCUCCGCCAGUGGCAGCCCAGCACCCAGGAAUGUCUGGCAGAAAGACGGACUGCCCGUGCUUGAAGAUGAGCACCAUAAGUUUCUCUCGAAUGGAAGGAUUCUGCAGAUUCUAAAUACUCAAAUAGCAGAUACUGGCAGAUAUGUGUGCAUUGCUCAGAAUACUGCUGGAAGUACCAAAAAAUAUUUUAACCUCAAUGUUCAUGUUCCUCCAAGUGUUGUUGGUCCUAACCCUGAAAAUCUUACUGUCGUGGUGAACAAUUUCAUCUCUUUGACAUGUGAAGUCUCUGGUUUUCCCCCUCCUGAUCUCAGCUGGCUCAAGAAUGAACAACCCAUCAAGCCAAACACAAAUGCUCUAAUUGUGCCUGGUGGCCGGACUCUACAGAUUAUUCGAGCCAAGGUCUCCGAUGGUGGUGAAUAUACUUGUAUAGCUAUCAAUCAAGCGGGUGAAAGCAAGAAGAGAGUUUCCCUGACUGUUUAUGUGCCUCCAAGCAUUAAGGAUCAGGGCAGUGAGGUUCUCUCUGUAGUUAAUGUAAGAGAGGGAACUUCAGUGUCAUUGGAAUGUGAGUCAAAUGCUGUCCCACCCCCAGUCAUUACCUGGUAUAAGAAUGGGCGGAUGAUAACAGAGUCUACUCAUAUGGAGAUUUUAGCUGAUGGACAGAUGCUUCACAUCAAGAAAGCUGAGGUAUCUGACACAGGCCAGUAUGUAUGUAGAGCUAUAAAUGUAGCAGGACGGGAUGAUAAAAAUUUCCACCUCAAUGUAUAUGUGCCGCCCAGUAUUGAAGGUCCGGAAAGAGAAGCAGUGGUGGAGACAAUCAGCAACCCAGUGACCCUGACUUGUGAUGCAACAGGAAUCCCACCUCCCUCCAUAGCAUGGCUAAAGAACCACAAGCCUAUAGAAAAUUCAGACUCAUUGGAAGUUCACAUUUUGUCUGGGGGUAGCAAACUCCAAAUUGCCCGAUCUCAACGCUCAGAUAGUGGAAACUACACGUGUAUUGCAUCAAAUAUGGAGGGAAAAGCACAGAAGAAUUAUGUACUUUUGAUCCAAGUUCCUCCAAGUGUUGCUGGUGCUGAAGUUCCCAGUGAAAUCAGUGUCCUUCUGGGGGAAAAUGUUGAGCUGGUCUGCAAUGCCAAUGGCAUUCCCACCCCACUUAUUCAAUGGCUUAGAGAUGGAAAGCCCAUAGUGAAUGGUGAGACAGAAAGAGUCAGGGUGACUGCUAGUGGCAGUACAUUAAACAUUAAUGGAGCCCUCCCGUCUGACAUGGGGAAAUACACAUGCGUGGCCACCAACCCUGCUGGAGAAGAAGACCGGAUAUUUAACCUGAAUGUCUAUGUUCCCCCCAAAAUUAGAGGUAAUAAAGAAGAAGCUGAGAAGCUGAUGGCAUUGGUAGAUACUUCCAUAAAUAUUGACUGCAGAGCCACCGGGACGCCCCCACCACAGAUAAACUGGCUGAAGAAUGGCCUUCCUCUGCCUCUCUCUUCCCAUGUCAGACUGCUGUCUGCAGGGCAAGCUAUCAGGAUUGUAAGAGCUCAGGUGUCCGAUGUGGCUGUAUAUACCUGUGUGGCCUCCAACAGAGCUGGAGUGGACACCAAGCAUUACAGCCUGCAGGUGAUUGUACCACCAAACUUGGACAAUGCAAUGGGAACAGAGGAAAUCACAAUUGUCAGAGGUAGUUCCACCUCCAUGACAUGCUUUACCGAUGGAACCCCAACUCCCAGUGUGUCCUGGCUCAGAGAUGGCCAGCCCCUGGGGCUUGAUGCUCAUUUAACAGUCAACACUCAAGGAAUGGUCCUUCAGCUCAUCAAAGCUGAGACUGAAGAUUCAGGAAGAUAUACCUGCAUUGCCUCAAAUGAUGCUGGAGAAGCCAGCAAGCACUUCAUCCUCAAGGUCUUAGAACCACCACACAUUAAUGGAUCUGAAGGAUCUGGAGAGGUGUCAGUAAUUGUCAAUUAUCCACUGGAACUUUCCUGCUUUGCUUCUGGAAUCCCUACCCCUAAAAUUGCCUGGAUGAAAGAUGGCCGGCCCCUCGCACACACCGAUCAGGUGCAGACUCUACAAGGAGGGGCUCUUCUUCGAAUAUCUAGUACUCAAGUGGAGGAUACAGGAAGGUACACAUGUCUGGCCUCCAGUCCUGCAGGCGAUGACGACAAAGAAUACUUAGUGCGAGUGCAUGUACCCCCUAAUAUUGUGGGAACUGGUGAACCCCAGGAUGUGACUGUGGUACAGAACAGACAGGUGACACUGGAAUGCAAGUCGGAUGCAGUUCCCCCUCCUGUCAUUAUGUGGCUCAGAAAUGGAGAGCAGUUGCAGGCAACACCUCGAGUGAGAAUCUUAUCUGGAGGGAGAUAUUUGCAAGUUAACAAUGCAGAUCUAGGAGAUACGGCCAAUUAUACCUGUGUGGCUAGCAACAUUGCAGGAAAAACCACAAGAGAAUUUAUUCUCACUGUAAAUGUUCCUCCAAACAUAAAAGGUGGCCCGGAGAGUCUUGUAACUCUGUUAAAUAAGUCGACUGUGCUGGAAUGUCUCACUGAAGGUGUGCCAGUCCCAAGGGUAACAUGGAGAAAGGAUGGGUCUGUUCUUUCUGGGGACCAUUCAAGGUACUCCAUCUUGGAAAAUGGAUUUCUUCAUAUUCAAUCAGCACAUGUCGCAGACACAGGACGGUAUUUGUGUAUGGCUACCAAUGUGGCUGGAACAGCUCGUAGGAGAAUAGACUUACAGGUCCACGUUCCUCCAUCUAUUGCUCCUGGUCCUACCAAUAUAACUGUCACAGUAAAUGUCCAGACUACCCUGGCUUGUGAGGCGACAGGGAUACCAAAGCCAUCCAUCAGCUGGAGGAAAAAUGGCUAUCUUCUUAAUGUGGAUCAGAAUCAGAAUUCAUACAGGCUCCUUUCUUCGGGUUCACUAGUAAUUAUUUCCCCAUCUGUGGAUGACACCGCAAGCUAUAAGUGCACUGUGACAAAUGAUGCUGGGGAGGAUAGGAGAACCAUCAAUCUCACUGUCCAAGUUCCACCUUCCAUAGCUGAUGAGCCCACAGACUAUUUGGUAACCAAACGGGCCCCAGCAGUAAUUACCUGCACUGCUUCAGGUGUGCCAUUUCCAUCAAUUCACUGGACCAAAAAUGGUGUAAGACUGCUUCCCAGGGGAGAUGGCUAUCGGAUUCUGUCCUCAGGAACAAUUGAAAUAUCAGCCACACAAUUAAAUCAUGCAGGAAGAUAUACUUGUAUUGCUAGGAAUACAGCUGGCUCUGCACACCGACAUGUAAGCCUUCAUGUCCAAGAACCUCCAGUCAUUCAGCCCCAGCCCAGUGAACUAGAUGUCAUUCUAAACAAUCCCAUUUUACUACCUUGUGAGGCUACAGGGAUACCCAGCCCUUUCAUUGGUUGGCAAAAAGAAGGCAUCAAUGUGGUCUCCUCAGGCAAAAAUCAUGCAGUUCUUCCCAGCGGCAGCCUGCAGAUCACCAGAGCUGUUCGAGAGGACUCAGGCACUUACAUGUGUGUGGCUCAGAACCCAGCUGGGACAGCCCUGGGCAAAAUCAAGUUAAAUGUCCAAGUUCCCCCAGUCAUUAGAACUCAUCCACAAGAAUACAUCAUUGCAAUUGAUCAACCCAUCACACUCCCCUGCGAAGCAGAUGGCCUACCACCACCUGACAUUGUAUGGCACAAAGAUGGGCAUACCAUUACAGAGUCCAUCCGCCAGCGCAUCCUCAACUCGGGGGCUCUGCAGAUAGCCUUUGCUCAGCUGGAGGAUGCUGGGCAGUACACAUGCAUGGCAGCUAAUGUGGCAGGUUCAAGCAGUGUAAGAGCCAAGCUCACCAUCCAUGUACCACCUAGUAUCCGAAAUACAGAAAUACACUAUGCAGUCAAUGAGAACUCACAAGCUAUUCUACCAUGUGUGGCUGAUGGAAUCCCCACUCCAGCAAUUCACUGGGAAAAAGACAAUGUUCCUUUAUCUAACUUGUUAGGAAAAUACACUGCUCAGCCAUAUGGAGAACUCAUUUUGGAAAAUGUUGUGCCGGAAGAUUCUGGGCUGUAUACGUGUGUUGCUGGCAAUGUGGCGGGAGAAGAUACUCACACCAUCACCCUGACUGUGCACGUUCUCCCCACAUUCACCGAACUACCCGGAGACGUGUCAUUAAAUAAAGGAGAGAGGCUGCGAUUAAGCUGUAAGGCAACCGGUAUUCCAUUGCCCAAGCUAACAUGGACUUUCAAUAACAAUAUCAUCCCAGCCCACUUUGAUGGUGCAAGUGGACACAGCGAACUUGUUAUUGAAAAAGUGUCAAAGGAGGAUUCGGGUACCUACGUGUGCACUGCCCAGAACAGCGUGGGCUUUGUGAAAGCAAUCGGGUUUGUUUAUGUGAAAGAACCUCCAGUCUUCAAAGGUGACGACCCCUCUAACUGGAUUGAACCACUUGGUGGUAAUGCAGUCUUGAACUGUGAGGUGAAAGGUGAGCCUGCCCCAACUAUUCAAUGGAGCAGAAGAGGGGUGGAUAUUGAGAUCAGCCACAGAAUCCGACAACUGGGCAAUGGCUCCCUGGCCAUCUAUGGCACUGUGAACGAAGAUGCUGGAGACUACACAUGUGUAGCUACCAAUGACGCUGGAGCAGUGGAACGCAGCAUGAGCCUCACACUGCAAAGUCCUCCUAUUAUUACUCUUGAACCGGUAGAAACUAUCACUAGUGCUGGCAGCAAAGUCAUAUUAGAUUGUCAGGCAACUGGAGAGCCUCAUCCGACUAUUACAUGGUCCCGCCAAGGGCGCUCUAUUCCCUGGGAUGACCGAGUCAGUGUUCUGUCCAACAACUCAUUAUAUAUUGUGGCUGCUCAGCAAGAAGAUACAUCUGAGUAUGAAUGUGUUGCUCGAAACUUAAUGGGUUCUGUCCUUGUCAGAGUGCCAGUCAUUGUCCAGGUUCAUGGUGGGUUUUCCCCCUGGUCCUCCUGGAGAUCCUGCAGUGUAACCUGUGGAAAAGGCAUCCAGAAGAGAAGCCGACUGUGUAACAGCCCUCCUCCAGCCAAUGGUGGCAAACGGUGCCACGGGUCGGACUCAGAAGCCCGAACGUGUCAGAACAAGCUGUGUCCAGUGGAUGGUCACUGGUCAGAAUGGAGUCUUUGGGAAGAAUGCACAAGAAGCUGUGGACGGGGUAACAGAACCAGGACCAGAGCUUGCAAUGAUCCGCCAGCCCAGCAUGGUGGACGGCCGUGUGAAGGGAAUGCUGUGGAAAUCAUCAUGUGUAAUGCGAGGCCUUGCCCAGUUCAUGGGGCAUGGAGUGCCUGGCAACCUUGGGGUGCAUGCAGUGAAAGUUGUGGGAAAGGGAACCAAAUGAGAACAAGACUUUGCAAUAACCCACCACCAUCGUUUGAUGGAGCCUACUGCAUUGGGCCAGAAACGCAGGUGCAAGCUUGCAAUGAAAAACACUGUCCAGUUGAUGGCAAGUGGACGACUUGGACCAGUUGGAGUGCCUGUACUGUGUCCUGUGGAGGAGGAGCCAGACAGAGAACAAGGGAUUGCGCUAACCCUGUCCCCCAGUAUGGGGGAAGAAGAUGUGAGGGAAGUGAUAUCCAGAGUGAUUUUUGCAAUAGCGACCCUUGUCCAACCCAUGGGAACUGGAGUCCUUGGAGUGGCUGGGGAACUUGCAGCCGGACUUGUAAUGGAGGGCAGAUGCGGCGGUACCGUACCUGUGACAACCCUCAUCCCUCCAAUGGAGGAAGAGCUUGUGGGGGGCCAGACACCCAGGUCCAGAGGUGCAACAGUGACAUGUGUCCUGUGGAUGGAAGCUGGGGAAACUGGCAGAGCUGGAGCCAUUGUUCUGUCUCCUGCGGAGGAGGUGAAAAGACCCGGAAGCGGCAGUGUGACAAUCCAGUGCCAUCUAAAAGUGGUCGUUCCUGUACAGGGGAUGCUACUCAGGUAUCCAGGUGCAAUGUACAAGCAUGUCCAGGUGGGCCUCAGAGAGCCAGAGGAAGUGUUAUUGGAAAUAUUAAUGAUGUUGAAUUUGGAAUUGCUUUCCUUAAUGCCACAAUAAUAGAUAGCCCUAACUUUGAUUCUAGAAUAAUCCAUGCCAAAAUUACCAAUGUGCCUCGCAGUCUUGGCCCAGCAAUGAGAAAGAUAGUUUCUAUUCUAAAUCCCAUUUACUGGACAACAGCCAAAGAAAUAGGAGAGGCAGUCAAUGGCUUUACCCUCACCAACGCCAUCUUCAAAAGAGAAACACAGGUGGAAUUUGCUACUGGAGAAAUCUUGCGGAUGACUCACAUCGCCCGGGGCCUGGAUCCUGAUGGUGCCUUGCUGCUGGAUGUGGUCGUGAGUGGCUAUGUCCUCCAGCUUCCGUCACCUGCUGAAGUCAAUGUGAAGGACUAUACAGAGGACUACAUUCAAACAGGCCCCGGCCAGCUCUAUGCCCAUUCCACCCGGCUUUUCGCCAUUGAUGGUAUCAGCAUCCCAUACACAUGGAACCAUACCAUUUUCUACGAUCAGACACGGGGAAGAAUGCCUUUUUUGGUAGAAACACUGUAUGCAUCCUCUGUGGAAUCUGACUAUAACCAAAUAGAAGAGACUCUGGGUUUUAAACUCCAUGCCUCAAUUUCCAAAGGUGAUCGUAGCAACCAGUGCCCCUCUGGCUUCACGUUAGAUGCAGUUGGACCCUUUUGUGCUGAUGAAGAUGAAUGUACAGCAGGAAAUCCCUGCUCCCACACCUGCCACAAUGCCAUGGGAACCUACUAUUGCUCCUGCCCCAGUGGCCUCACCAUUGCUGCUGAUGGACGGACUUGUCAAGAUAUUGAUGAGUGUUCUUUGGGUUCACAUGCCUGCCGCACUGGUCAGGAUUGUGACAACACGAUCGGAUCCUAUCGCUGUGUGGUCCACUGUGGAAUUGGCUUUCGAAGAACCUCUGAUGGACUGAGUUGUCAAGAUAUUAAUGAAUGUCAGGAGUCUAGUCCCUGUCACCAGCGUUGCUUCAAUGUCAUAGGGAGCUUCCACUGUGGAUGUGAACCUGGCUAUCAGCUGAAAGGCAGAAGAUGCUUGGAUGUGAACGAGUGUAGACAAAACGUGUGUAGACCAGACCAGCACUGUAAGAACACCCGCGGUGGCUACAAGUGCAUUGAUCUUUGUCCAAAUGGAAUGACCAAGGCAGAAAAUGGAACCUGCAUUGACAUUGAUGAAUGUAAAGACGGGACUCAUCAGUGCAGAUAUAACCAAAUCUGUGAGAAUACAAGAGGCAGCUACCGUUGUGCGUGCCCCAGAGGUUACCGCUCACAAGGAGUUGGAAGACCCUGUCUGGACAUUAAUGAAUGUGAACAAGUGCCUAGACCUUGUGCACAUCAGUGCUCCAACACCCCCGGCAGCUUCCAGUGUAUCUGUCCACCAGGACAACAUUUAUUAGGGGACGGGAAAUCUUGCGCUGGAUUGGAGAGGCUGCCAAAUUAUGGCACUCAGUACAGUAGCUAUAACAUUGUGCGGUUGUCCCCUGUGAGAAACAACUAUCAACCUCAACAGCAAAACAGACAGUACUCACAGCUCUACAGCUCCUACUCAGAGUAUAGAAACAGCAGAACAUCUUACUCCAGGACUAGAAGGACUGUUAGGAAGCCUUGUCCUGACGGCUCUGAGGCAAACCAUGACACAUGUGUAGACGUCGAUGAAUGCCAGAAUAGGGACACCUGCCAGCAUGAGUGUAAAAAUACCAUUGGAAGCUAUCAGUGUACCUGCCCACCUGGCUAUCAACUCAUGCUCAAUGGAAAGACAUGCCAAGAUAUUGAUGAAUGUCUGGAGCAGAACAUACGCUGCGGGCCAAAUCGCAUGUGCUUCAACAUGAGAGGAAGCUACCAGUGCAUCGACACGCCCUGUCCACCCAACUACCAACGGGAUCCCAUGACUGAGUUCUGCCUCAAGAACUGUCCACCCAAUGAUCUGGAAUGUGCCUUGAGCCCAUAUGCCUUGGAAUAUAAACUUAUCUCCCUUCCCUUUGGAAUAGCUGCCAAUCAAGAUUUAAUCCGACUGGUUGCAUACACGCAGGAUGGAGUGAUACAUCCCAGGACAACUUUCCUCAUGGUAGAUGAGGACCAGACUGUUCCUUUUGCCUUACGGGAUGAAAAUCUGAAAGGAGUGGUGUACACGACAAGACCACUACGGGAGCCAGAGACCUACCGCAUGCGGGUGCGAGCUUUAUCCUACAGUGCCAAUGGGACCCUUGAGUAUCAGACCACAUUUAUUGUUUAUAUAGCUGUAUCUGCCUAUCCAUACUAAGCAGCUCUCCUGAGCCUGUUACACAUAUUUAAGCCACAUUAAUCAUGGAAACAAGUGCGCUCCGCGUUAGUGUCUCAACAGUUGCCGCCUUGGCAGCUUGGAAAUGGUGCUAUGCUCUCUUUUGUGUGCCUUCUUUGGUACUGCUGAGGUGUUUUUAAUCAUCCCACUGCAGUCUUAUCUUUUUGGAAGGUUCUAGAAGAGUCCUUUCUUAUUUCCUUUAUUUAUUACACUGGAGAAGUGACGUCCCAAAGAUAAUUCUGAACAUCGAACAGGACAUAGCAGUGAGGAUUUAUAGUAGCCGGAAUCAUUUUCCUGAAAGCAAAAGCCAAGCAGAAACAACUACUUCUAAGUCAAAUCAAAUUUUUGAGCAUUUUGCUAUUUUUAAUAAAACUAGUUGCUCUGUGUUCUGGGGGGAAACUUAGUAUAACAUCAAGAGAUAUUUUUAAAUCUUGAUACUUUACAAUAAGGCUAUUCAUGUACUCUCAUUUUCAAUGAAGAAACCUAAAUACCACACAAUUUAAAGCUAUAGCUACUUGAAGGUUUCUUUGAAUCCAAGUGGUGCUUACCUUGACUGGAAAUCCAAAAAAAAAGGAGAUUAUUUCUAAUGAUCUGGUAAAAAUCAUCAGAACCAUUUAUAAUAAUAAGAAAAGAAGUCACUUUGUCCUCAGGCAUCUGUCCUUGGUGCAGAUAUUUGCUCAAAUGUUUUAAAGUAACCAUACAUUAAUUGAGCUCCAUAACUUUUACAUUCCAUGUUUUAAAUUUUCCUGUCAAGUAAAACAAUUUUUCAAAUAUAGGACAGGUUUGUUUUUGUUUAAAUCUUGUAUGUUCAAAUUAACAUGUUAAACGUCAAUACACUGUACAUGGUACUAACCAACUCUGCCAGCAAUUGCCAAGAUGUAUUCUAUUUUUAUGAAGUGUACAUAUAUUAUCUUUGUGUGCAUUUUCUAUAUAAUAUCUGGAUGGACUCUUUUAUAAAGUUAUUUUAUAAAAAAAUGUUGCAGUAAAAUCAGCAUAAAUAA